AUGGAUACAAGCGGUAAAGUAAAUGCAGUAAAUGCUCCAAUGGAUGAAAUUACUACAGUCCCUCAACUCCAAAGUUCACUGGACAUUGAACUUCUAGCACUGAGCGAAACCGCUCCACCCCUUGAACCUGAGCAACCUCGAAACAAGUUCAGACUCGCUGCUAUCUUGACUGCUUUAUAUCUAGCAAUGUUUGUCACCGCUCUCGACCAAACAAUUGUAGCAACCGCUAUUCCUACCAUUACCCACGAUCUAAACAGUGCCUCUGGUUAUGUCUGGAUUGGCGGGGCCUACCUCCUUUCAUCUGCAGCUUCUGGUCCUAUUUGGGCUAAGCUUUCAGAUAUCUUCGGCCGGAAGCCCACCAUUCUGAUGGCAGCAGGCUUAUUCUUUGCGUCUUCUAUUUCAUGCGCGAAAGCUAGUUCUAUGAAGGUACUUAUCGUAGGGCGGACCUUUCAAGGCGUGGGUGGUGGAGGUCUUGCGCCGUUGGUCAUGAUAACCAUUUCAGAUCUGUUUAGCAUGAGGAGUCGUAGUCUCUAUAUGGGGCUGAUGGAGCUUGUAUGGAUUGUAGCAGGCGGUGCUGGUCCUGUCCUUGGUGGUGCUUUCACCGAGAAACUAUCUUGGAGAUGGAACUUUUGGAUUAACCUUCCUCUUUCGGGUGCGACGUUCAUCCUUCUGUUCCUCUAUCUAGACGUCCAUAAUCCUAGAACCCCGUGGCUUGACGGAUUCAAGGCGAUAGAUUGGGCUGGAAGCUUAUCCAUAAUUGCCUUGGUUCUAAUGCUUCUCCUCGGACUCGAAUUUGGCGGGGCUACCUUCCCUUGGGAUUCUCCUCAGGUCAUUUGCCUCAUCGUGUUUGGAAGCUUGAUGUCAAUCUUCUUUAUAUACAGCGAGAAGCGUCUUGCCCUAUAUCCACUUAUGCCCUUGAAAUUAUUCACGGAUUGGUCGAAUGCUGCUAGUCUGCUCUUGAAAUUUUGGCACGGAAUGGUCUAUAUUGGGGCAGAAUACUAUUUGCCCCUCUACUUUCAAUCUGUGAAGGGCUCUUCGCCCCUUGGUUCUGGUCUUUUGGUCAUGCCUAUUACCGUCACAGAAGCUGUAGCUGGUGUUUUCGUGGGAGUCAUUAUUCAUCGCACCGGACGCUAUCUGGAAAUAAUAUAUGUAGGUGUUUUGCUAAUGACCCUCGGAAAUGGCCUAUACAUUUUGUUCUCUCCUAAAUCUGGGAUCAUCGAGAUUAUCUUCAUCCAAAUCGUAGCUGGCAUUGGCGCUGGGCUGCUAUUCCAAGCACCCCUCAUUGCCCUGCAGGCUCUGGUUUCCCAGGAAGACACUGCAACCGCGACAGCUACCUCAAUGUUCGUGAACAACCUUGCCACCGCCUUAUCUGUCGUUAUCGGCGGAGUGUUAUUUCAAAACUCCAUGGACAUUCGGAUUACGUCUCUGGCUUUACCACCAACCAAUCUCCCCUCAAAUAUCACGGAUCUGCUAUCUGCAGGAGGUGCAGCGGCAAACGUAAAGCUUGUUAGUUCUAUUCAAGAUCAAACACAGCGAACGGCUGUUCGAGAGGCGUAUGCCUGGAGUCUGAGGAACGUGUGGAUUCUGUACACAGGGAUUUCCGCUAUGGCAGUAGUUACAAGUGUGUUCAUCAAGAAACAUCACCUGACGAAAGAUCACACCGAGACAAAGACUGGCUUAAAGAGCUCUAGUCAAGAUCUAGCCUGA